AUGAGCCGUGUACAGAAGUACUGCUGCCUGCAGGACACAGGGCUCUAUGAGUGCGCGUGGCGCGGCACCUCGCCCGACUGUGUUGACGGCAACUGCAAGGCGCUGGACAAGGACAACAGGGCACUAUACGAAGUGCAGAUUGAUAGCCACGCCAGUGGCGACUCGUACAACGCCUGCAGCUGGAACCGGGAGAAGGGGCUCUGCUGCCAGGUCCGGGUGGCGGUUCCGGAUCCCUUGACGUGCAAGGUCGACUCGUGCAUGCUUGACUACAACUUUUGCUCGCAGACAAACCGCGACGACUGGGGCAACCACAUUGAGCCGCGAGAGGAAGACGGGACGGGCGAGACGGCGGUGGCUCGGGCCGGAGCUGCCGCGGCCGACGACAACGACACGGGGGUGACGCUCGUGAUUCGGCAGGACGAUGGCGAGUUCCACGUCCUCAACAAGCGCGACUACAAGUGGCUGGCUUCGUUUGGCGUCGUCAUCCUGCAGCAGUCGCUCGCCUACCCUCGGCCGGCGCAGCUCAUGCGGCGGCUCCGGGAGGGUCUGGUUCGGGUGCUCCGGCGGUGGGCGACGCAGUCGGACUACUGCGGCGACCCGGGGGUUGAGGCGCUCGACAUUGACUUGGAUGACGACGCCGAGGCCCCCGAACGGGCGCAGGUCGAACACACGAUCCCGCUGGUCAUCGUGUCGCGGUUUGCGGCGGUGGCGGAGCACGGGCAGAUGUGGACGGCUCGGCAGGCGGGAUACCGGCGCGACGAUGGCACGCUGGUCGGGCAGGCGCACCCGGCGGGGCGGCUCACGACGGCGCGACGGGUGGGCAACCAGAACUUCUGGCAGAACAUCUGGGGCGACCUGAACGGGCUGCCGGCGGGGCUGCCGCGGGUGACGCCGGACUCGCCGGACAUCCGGCAGCCGGUGGGUCGGCUGUACGAGGCGCUGGGGUCAACGACGCACCCGACCGAGUUCACGUUUCUGCAGGACAACAUCAACGGGGUCAAGGGCCGGGUGGAGAUAUUCAACGCGCCGAUGGGGUCGGGGCUGUUUGGGCGGUUCCUCCGCGACGCGGUGGACCGCAGCAACGACUCGCCGCUGACGGACAUUAUGUCGUUCAUGGCGCCGCUGCGCGAGCUGGUGGCGCUGUACGGGUACCUGCGGGACGACGACGUGGUCACAAGCAUCGACAACGGCGCGUCGCUGUUUCUGGCGCAGCUGCAGCAGCUCGAGCUCAACCUGCCGGACGCGCGGGGACUGUCGACGCAGUGGAACGAGUUCUACCCGGCCUACUUCCGCAUGGUGUCCGAGUUUGCCCGCACGUGGGCGCGCGCGCGCAUCUGGCAGGUCAGGCGCAUGUGUAACAGCCGUAACAACCUGUCGUAG